AUCCAAUCGCUUCCGGUCACAGUGAACGUAAGGAAGUGCUCUUCACUUCCCGCAAACUUUCUUCAUAAGAUACGUUUUAAGUCGGUUCUAGUCUUUAUACCUGCUGUCAAAAAGUAUGGCGUACCCAGGAUAUAACAAUUAUGGUGGUGCAAUGCCAGUGCAAGGAGCCCCAGCAGGAGUUCCUCCUGCAGGUGGUUACCCAGCACACCAAUAUGGGUACCCAGGGGCUUUUCCUGGCCAACAUGCCCAAGACCCAAUGUGGGGAUAUUUUACAGCCAUAGCUGGCCAGGAUGGUGAGAUUGAUGCUGAAGAACUCCAAAGAUGCCUAACCCAGACUGGAAUCAGUGGUUCCUACACUCCCUUCAGUUUGGAAACUUGCAGGAUUAUGAUCGCCAUGCUAGAUAGAGAUUUCACAGGAAAGUUGGGUUUCAAUGAGUUUAAAGAACUGUUUGCGGUGCUAAAUGGCUGGAAGCAGAACUUCUUGAUGGUGGAUAGGGACUGCAGUGGAACGGUGGAACCACAUGAGAUGUCCCAGUGUAUUGCAAACAUGGGGUAUAGAAUCAGCCCUCAGGCACUGAACGCCAUCAUCAAACGCUACAGCAAGUCAGGCAAGAUCUACUUUGAUGACUAUGUGGCGUGUUGUGUGAAGCUAAGAGCAUUUACAGACAAUUUUAGGAGGAGAGACACAAUGCAGCAGGGAAUGGUGAACUUCCAGUAUGAUGACUUCAUCUUGUGUACUAUGUCUCUCUGAGGGAGUUUAAUCACAAGCAUGCACUCCAAGAUGAACACUGAAUGACUGAAAGUCCAGAAAGAAAUAUAUAUAGUCUUUAUAUAUAAGGGGAAAUGGGCAUUUCAAAUCCAAUUGCUAAUGCAUAUUAUUUGCCAGUAAAAUGUGUAAUAUGGUAUGUGAACAUAGGAGCAAAUCAUAUAUUGCUCAAAACAUAUAAUAUUUGUGCCAAAGCAAACCAUGGUUGUUUUUAAAGGAUCUUUUUCAUACUAAUUGUGUAAAGUUUUAACUGUAUGAAGUUGAAACUAAAUAUAACCACGUAUAUAUUUGCCAAUAAAUGUUAUAUAU